UGUGUAGUCGUGUGCAGUACUUUUACUUUGUAUUGACAGACAGGACAAGACAAAAAAUCUAGGGUACAGAUUAACAUCUGUGAUUUUCUAAAUCCACUCAACCUUUGGGAUGAAGAUUGUGAUUUGAAAAGAAGUUGAUCGGACGGUGCCGAUUGGAAUGUAUCGUAAGUUGCUAUCACGUGCUGACGUCUAAUGUCUUAUUUGACAGUAUAUGGUUAUACGAUACACGGUAAUACAGCGCUAGAUAAAAGGCUUAAUUAAAUAUAUCAAACAGAUGGUCUGCUAGCUAAAAAGAAAAAGUAUUAAGCUACCCUUUCAAGACUUUUCAGCGGUUCAGAUCUGAGAAGUAAAAAUGGGUGACCAACAAUUAGGUAGCUUAAUUAAAUGGCUGGAUACAUUUGAUCUUCAAGCAGCACAUGCUUCAGCCGAAGACAUAAGUGACGGCGUGGCUCUUGCCGAAGCUCUGGCACAGAUAGCACCCGAAUGGUUCACCGCUGCAUGGAAGUCGAAAAUUAAAACCGACGUAGGCACCAAUUGGCGUCUGAAAGUAAGUAACUUAAAGAAGAUUGUAGAAGCAGUAAUGGAAUAUUAUGUAGAAUGUCUAAAUCAACAACUGUCCGGCUAUGCUAAACCGGAUGCCACUAAGAUCGGAGAGCACUGUGAUGAGCAUGAACUACAGCGACUCUUACAAUUGGUAUUGGGAUGUGCCGUCAACUGCAACGAGAAACAAAGAUACAUUACUCGAAUAAUGGGUAUGGAAGAAGUGGUACAACAAGUUAUAAUGCAAAGUAUUCAAGAAUUAGAAGGUAGCAUGCAUGGUCCACGACUUAGUUUGGGAGCCAGUCUUAGUUUUGAAUCAAUGGAUAUCGGGGACAGUACUCAUCAACGGUUGUUGGCUGAGCUUCAGUUAGCUGUUGACUCAAGAGAUCAGUUGGCACAAAGAUGUCAUGAACUCGAUCAACAACUAUCCUUUUUACAAGAAGAAAAAGUAGGAUUAACGGUAGAAAACAAGAAGUUACAGGAACGACUGGAAGAAUUCGAAAAUCCAGAAGAUUCUGGUUCAAGCUUGAAGUAUUCUGGCCUUCGUAAACAAGUUGAAUCACUUAAGGAUGAAAUAUUUAAAUUAGAAACAUCAAGAGACGAUUAUAGGUUAAAGGUUGAAUUUUUAGAAAAGGAAGUUUCAGAGUUGCAAUCAAGACAAGACGAUCUGCAAAAAGCUGCAGAUGAAGCAAAUCAUUUAAAAGAUGAGAUCGAUGCUUUACGAGAGACUGCUGAUAAAGUAACUAAAUAUGAACUAACUAUAGAAUCAUAUAAAAAGAAAAUGGAAGACUUUAGUGAUCUAAAGAGGCAAGUAAAGAUCCUAGAAGAUAAAAAUUUGGAAUACAUGCAGUCAAAUAUGGAGUAUGAAGAAGAGGCUAAACGUGCUACUAUGUUACGUAAUCAUUUAGAACUUUGUAAGAAACAGCUCGCCGAAGUACACCGUAAACUAGAUGAGCAAAGUAAUAAAUCUGAUAAAUUAGAAUUUGAAGCUAAGAAAAUGGAAGCCCAACUGAAUGCUUUACAGAGGGAAAGGGAUCGAUUGGUCAUUGAAAGAGAUGCCCUUAAGGAAACAAAUGAGGAGUUGAAGUGCACACAGUUACAGGCAGUUGAAAAUAUGACCAAGCCUAGCACUGUUGAUGCUGUUGCUAAUGCAGAAAUGAUUCCUCCCGAGAUUAAGGAAAAAUUACUCAGGCUUCAGCAUGAAAACAAAAUGUUGAAACUUAAUCAAAAAGGUAGUGAUGAAAAGUUACCUUCUGUUCAAGCAUUAUUGGAUGACUCAGAAGAAAAACUUAAUUUACUACGGGGCGACGUUCGCAAGGCUAAUCAACGAAUCAUUGAAUUGGAAAAUAGACUGGAAGAGGCUUCUGAGAAUCAACCAAGUGAUGAUAAAGUUGAUGGUAUUAGUUUGCAUCAAAAGAUAAUUCAUUUACAAGAUGACUUAAGAAAAUUACAGGGAGAGCGAGAACGCUUGACUUUACAAUUGGAAGAAAGAGAAACAGCAUUACAAGCUCAAAAACAAAAAGCACUUACAGCUCAAGAAGCUUUAACUCGUAAGGAAUAUGAAUACACAGUAUUAGACGAACGUUACAAAAAGUGUGUAGAGAAGGCUAAAACAGUUAUUAAAAGCCUGGAUCCUAAACAAAAUGCUUCUUCCGCUUCUGAAUUGCUAACUCUACGCAAUCAGUUAAAUGAAAAGAGAAAAAUCAUUGAAGAUCUAGAACAAAAAUUAAAGGAUAGUAAAUUAAUUGGUGAAAUGGAAGAAAAAUCUUUGAUAUCAGCAUUUUACCAUUUGGGUUUAAGUUGUCACCGUGGGACUAUGGAUCAACAUCUUGCAGCUCUCAAUUCAAGCCAAGGCCAGUCGUUUUUGUCUAGGCAGAGGCAACCAUCGGCUCGACGUACAAUUCAUCCUCCAUAUAAUUCUAAAUAAAAUACAACAGCAUUGCAAGUUUUUAUAAGUUAUUGAAACUUUUUAAACUUUAUAGCUUUACCUUUACAAAAGGAAGACAUUUUAUAGAUUGACAAAUAUCAGUGACUUUUGUUCUGUUCUAAAUGUAAUAAUUUAAAAAUGUCAAGCUUAUCAUAUUUUUAACACUCUUUAUUGCAUAAUGUUCUUCAUUUUAGUGUUAAUUGAAGUCACACAUUUACUUUUUAUUAUUUGUUUAUGAAUAAUUGCAAACAAAAUAUUGUUGCAUCAAAGAAUUAUAUAUUGACUUGAUUGGUUAAAGAAGAUGCUUUUUAGAAACAAGUACAAUGAACUUUGUACUUUGAUAAUAUUUUAUAAUGGCACAAUAACAGGAAACAUACAAAGGAUAAUGUGCCUAGGAAUAUUAGUCUCACAAAUAAGUCUUUAAAAGCUUUGUACCAAUAUUUUACGUAAAAGUACGUAAUAUAAAUGGACAACAUACUAGAGAGAUGUAUUGGUUCUUUUGGGUGCAAGUUCCAAAAAACGUUAGUACAAAAUACAGCUACUUAUUCUGACAUAAAAAAGGAUUGUAACUUUUCAAGAACAAAGUAUUCUGUGAAACUGCUGUAAUGCUAGUAUACAUAUUCAGAUAUGCUUUACCCUAUAUCCAUAUUUGAAAGAAUCUACUUUUAAAAAUAUCAUGAAGAUUUUAUAUUAUAAAACUAGUUUGUCUUUUGUGUACCAUUUUAAUCUUAAUUUAUAGGUCAUUUUAUUUGCAUAGGAUUUUACGUUCUGGAUAAUUAAAUUAAUUAAUCAUAUUGACGAGCAAUCUAUUCUUUGAUUUAUUUACUAAUCAAUCGUUUAUUAAACAUCCCAGCAUAUUAUAUCAUGUAAUAACUAAAUUGCAAUCAAGAUAAAUCUGAGAAGUUUGUUAAUGUAAAUAUGUUAAGUUUUAUUCCAUUGUUACAUUUGACAAAUAGAAUACUUUAUGUAUGGUAUAAUGACAUAUUGUAAAUACAAAUAUUAUGCAUAUAAA